AUGGAACCAACAUCUUCACGCGACACGGUGCCGAUGUCAUCAACGACCCUCAAUCGUGUGCGACGGACGUUGACCGCACCUGGGCCGUAUGCACCCCAAUCCUCGGCUCAUAGCAUGGAUGAACUUGCACUGCCGUUUCCCUUUGAAGUUGCGGUCCCAAGAUACCCAUUACCGCACCUAACCCCUGCCACAACCACGGGAUCAAUCACCGCAGCGGCCCCGUCAAGCUACGUUGACACUGGCAGUUUAUGGGAGGUUCCAGACGAUCAGCUGGAACAAGAGGCGACUGGUUGUCAACUCAUCAGUACUGUUGAAAACAUACCAGAGGAAAAUCACGAGCCAGGUGCCGUGGUAGAAGACCCAGAGCUUGAUGUCGAUCCCAUAUCAACUAUCGAAGAAGUCCCCCGAAGCUAUAUGAGCAUUAAAUUUGGAAGGGAGACUGUCCCUGUAGUUGACCCUGCUCCCGAACCAGUGAUUGACGCUGAAGAAACCUCUCAAGACCAAGAUGAUAUAGCUCAACGGGACGAGAACGUAAAUUCUGUCGAACCAGCAGACAUCCUGACACAGCCAGAGAAUUCACUACCACAGCCGCAGACAGUCAGUGGAAUGGAGCCGAAGGAGCACUCCCUUAAACGGGUGAAUAAAAGUCGGAAAAAGAAAGUUAAGAGAGGAAAGACUACAUCGGCUGUGGUGCGGAGGAUGGUUGAAUCUGAUAUCGAAGAUGAUGUGAUCUGGAUAGACGAGAAAAAAUCUAGGCCAGCUAUCAUAGAUGACACAGAUGCAUCAGAUGAUAUCCUUGAUCUAAAUGAAAAUGAUAACCUGUUCGCCACAAAUGGCCCCACCCACGAGACUAAUUCAACUACCGAGGGAGUUCCAAGGAUUGAAGUGCAAGUUCAAGUUCCCACAACGGCUGUUGAUAAACCAAACGGAUAUGUCGGCCUGGCACAAAAAAAGCGAGGAAGGAAGCGGAAGAAAACAGGUCAGGAAGAUGUUUCCAUGCAGCAGAUCGAGACGCUAAUUCCAGAUGAUCCUUGUGGAAACCAUAAAUACAAUAUCCCUUCUGCCUCUCUUCAGCCAAGUUCAUCUCCAGAUAUCGUCAAACAACAAACCCCUGAACCAAAGGUGGACCAUCACGACCUUCACACAUCCGUCGAAACCCCUAGGAGUCCUGUUGAUAAAAGAGCUGAGCCCAUCCCUUCUACUGAGACCCCGAAAAAGCCGGCUCUCAAAGGGGCAGACAAACACAGUCCUAUUGCUGUUACCGCCAAGGUUGCCUAUCGUGUUGGACUGAGUCGGAAGGCGAGGAUCGCACCUUUGCUUAAAGUCGUCAGGAAAUGA